AUUCAUGUCUAACUACUAUUUUACUUCCACUAAGAAUGAACAUCCAAGAAAAAAGAUUGGCUAUUGCCAAAAUGGGGUUUAGUGAUGGUUUUAUGAAGACGUUAGAGUUGUCGAAUAGCUUUCGCACAUCGAGUUUGAGAAAACAGUGUAAACCCUUUAUUGUUAAUGGUAAAAAAGUGGGUAUCCUUAAACCUGAUGUCGUAGAUAUGAUGAGAGAAGAUCCAGAUGUUCAUGAAUCAUGCGUUGAAUUAACGAAAAAAGUGGAUAAGAACUUUUUUACAAGAACAGAAGCAAUUGACGAAAUUUUGAGGAAGUGGAAGAACCAUGGAUGUUUUAAUGUUGCUCUUAAAGGCUGGAGAGAUGAGGUAUACAGCAUUUCUAAUAGUCUUCACGAUGAUCCUCUAUUUGAAAUGGAAAGAGCAGGAGCAAGUCUAUUCGGAGUUAUACAAAGGGGAGUUCACAUAAAUGGCUACGUCAACCAUCCGGAAAAGGGAAUUUGCAUGUGGGUCGCCACACGAAGUCAAAAUAAGCAAACUUUUCCCGGUUGUCUUGAUCAAAUUGUUGGGGGUGGACUUCCGGCAGGGUUAAGUGUAAUGGAAUGCGCUAUAAAGGAAAGCGCUGAAGAAGCUAGUAUUGAUCCUUCAUUGGUUAAACAAGCGAUACCUACAGGGGCUGUUAGCUAUAUUUUUAAUAAUGAAAAAGGAAUUUAUGCGGAGGAAGAGUAUGUCUUAGACUUGCUAUUACCCUUUGAUUUUAAACCCAUUAACUCUGAUGGGGAAGUAGAGAAAUUUGAACUAUUAGAAAUAGAAAAAGUGGCACUGCUCGUAGCUGAACAAAAAUUUACCCCUAGUUCGGCUGCAGUUCUCUUACACUUUCUCGUCCAACAUGGCUUUAUAGACCCAGAUACUGAACGUAACUAUGGAGAAAUUUUAAGAGGUUUACACAGUCCAAUAAAGUUUGAUGAUGUCCUCUAA